AGAUUGCAGAUGACCCCGACUGGAACCCAUGGGGCGAGGAGUUCGACUCCGAGCAGCACAAGCUGUUGCGGCACCACGUUGCUCCGGCUUUGUGGGACAUAGGAGUCCGUCCCAUGGAGAGAGACCCUCACCCACUGCCCGUGGGUAAACGCAGCCCUUUGGAGAGACGAGACAACAACUCUAGUGACAUCAGCCAUGUCGUGGAGAUCUGGAGCAAGGCAGCCAUAGGUUUGUACUUGUGGGAGCACAUACUAGAAGGGCUACUGGAGCCUCGUCUCAAUGGAAUCUGGAGUUUCGGGGAACGGACUCUCCGCUUUAUCAAAUUCAG